CCGCUAUCUCGCUGAGGUCACAAUUUCUUUCAGUUCAUCAGCGAAGAUCGCUAAAGUGAACGUCAACGACGAUACGUGAAGAUAUUGCGAGAAGAUAUACGUGUUCGAAACCGAAAACUUUCAACGGGGUGUUUUUUUUAUUUUUCUGGCGACUUGCUGUGAAAUUUGUGAAAUUUGAAGAAUGGUGUGAAGAGUGGUCCUGCUUCUGAAAUUGUUAUAAAUUUGUCGAUUGAAGGAAGAAAACAUGGAACUGAAGUUCGCUUUGAUGACGCUGCUCAAAAUUGUAAUAUCCACACCUUAUUUCAUGAUUGUGUGGCAAAUAUCGGCAACGAAUGGAGCGGCUCUUUUAGGAGAACCGUCCGCUAGGAAUACAUCGAAUGCUACGGAACCCUAUUAUGACUACGAGUUUUUGGACAGCCAGGAACUUGAAGAUCACGAACGUGACCCGCCUAAGUCCAAGUCCGAGGAAAUACCGGACCCCUCGCCACUAGUCCUCCCCGGAUACAACUUACCUGAAAACAUAUUUAACCACGGCAAACCUUUCUACGUAGAGAAAGAUCCGCUCACCGGCAAAAUAGACUUCAGCCAAAAAUCCCCCUCACCUAAACUGGACGACGACCUGUACGACUACAUAGACGAAGAACCCAGCGAGAACAUCUAUGACAAAGCAAACAUCGACAGAAAAGACGGAAGCCUGGGCAGCCACCGACCGAGUGACGUCAACCAGUUGACUACGAACUUCCACGACUUCCUCAACCUACCGGUGAAGUACAACUCCGCCAAGUACGUCUACCCGUUGGUAUCCAACUCGUACGCUAGCACUAAAAUCCAAGGAAGCGUUAGCAAGUUCCACAACCACAAAGACUACAACUCGAAAACCACGACCAAGAAGCCGAUUAUGAGUCCCACUUACUACACCACCAGCCAGUACUUCAGCCCCGUGCAAACGACCACCAGGGGCACAACUACCACCACGACUACAACUCCUAAGCCUACGACGAAGAUCUACCCGACGAGCGAAGCGACUAAUCUCUUGAACAGCGGAAUGGGGCAUCCGAACUUCAUGGAGGACUUUGAGGAUUACUACGACGUGCCCGCCGAGGCUGGAAAGAAACCCAGCUCGAGCGAGGUGUAUUUGACUACCGAAAACGUUAACCAGGUUUAUUUGACGACCAAAACAGCUCCGACUACGACAACGAAGAAGGCCAUGAGCUUGUUCGAGCAGCUCUUUGGGGAGUAUGAUGAAACAGUGGCUCCCGUGAAGUCUACUACCUCGAUAACGCCUUCUUUGUUCGGAAACUUACCUUCUAAUAAGUACAACAAGUACUCUAAGACAGAGAAACCGGUGGCGAGUACUACAACAACCACUGCGACAACUAGUACUAGAGCGACCACUAGUACUAGAACGACAACCACACUGAGUAACCAGUUCCACAACUCUCAUGGUGGCCCAAACGUCCUCUCAGGUACCAGCAUGGGAAUAGAAUCGAACUACGAGUAUGAAGAUUAUGACAACGAAAAGUACGAAGACAAUGUAGCGGUCCAAACGAACCCUCUCGUUAGUGUCGAUGACGACUUGAGUAUAGAACCUUUACAAACCAACAUUUCUGAAUCUCUCACAAACACUAGUUCUGAAACUUCAACUUCUGAUAAAAACACAAACCUCCACGACCAGUCUGAAGAGAAACCAACGACUCCAAUCUCGAUUACGACCCCGAUAUCAAUUACGACUCCGAUCUCGAUUACCACUCCUCCCAGCCAGACCCCUAGCACUUUUGCUACGGUGAGGGUGACUUCUCUACCUCUGGGUGACAACCACUUGACAACGCCCAGCCGGAACCAUGUUACGAAUCUCGUCCACGAACACUUCCACCGAGACCCCAUCAUCGUUGCUACACAGAACCUCAGGGAAAAACUCAACAGCGAGAGGGUACAGCCAAGGCCCUUUGAAAAAGCACCUACACCUCCCAGUACUACCAAUGUCCACAUAGCCCACGACCAGGACAUCGUGUCGUUCGUAGUCGGGAACCAGCAGAACGUCGAUGGAGGCCAGUACGAAAGUAGCAGUCCCCAGAAAGAGAAUGCGUACGAUAGGAACCCCUUCCGCCCACUGUACGGUCAGCCAGCCAUCUACAACGAUAAGAUCGAAGUCGAACCUGAGGCUAGUUUCCAGCUCAUCAACCCAGUGAAGACUCGCCCCGAAAUCGUAGGCAGCGCUGUGACCAUCCAGCCCUUAAAACACUCCGAGGCUUCCCUGGCAAUCGGAGUUCCAGUUAGCCAAGUACCCGGCCAGGUUGUCGACGAGAAACUAGAGACUAACAACCCGGUCGAGUUCCCCCAAAGCAGCACCGGAAAUAAAAUAGUUUUCCCCGACGAGAAGCAGCCCGAGUUUCCGGAUCUCGUACCUCCUCCUGCAGAUCCGAACCGUGAGGUGUUGCAGCUCAGUUCAAAGCCUAUGUAUCACCAGCUGCCGAGCGAUUUAACCCCGCCGCGUGAGACGCAGAUAGCUCCUGUACCUAGGCCCGAGUUGAGACCUGUGAGACCUCCGUGGGACCCGAGGCCGGGGCAUUUCUACAGCGGUAAGCCAGAGUACAACCGUCCACCACGACCUCCAGCUGAUAUAGCCUACAAAAGGAUCGACAAUUUGCCAAAUAUCUUGCCGCAGUUCAGGCCGAACAUGAAUAAGCCGCCUGGAAUGUUCUACGACAAAAGAUUGAACAGACAGCCGUUGCUGGAGAGACCUUCCAACAGACCCAUCGGGUUUUUCGAAAAGAUGCAGCCUCCUCCACCACCUCCACCAUUAUUUCUGACCCACAAGAACUCUCAUGGGUUGAGGAAAAACGUGUUACCGCCAAGACAGAGUUUGGACGACGUUCCGAUAGCAGAAGACAGAAUUAUGAACGAGGGGCCUAGAAAACCGAUCUUGGGGCAAGAUCCUUUCGGGUUUUACAAAGGGCCACCUCAAGUGAGGAUCGCGAACAGAAGAAAUGGGGAUGACGACGUGGAGGUGGAAACUCUGCAGAUGAUCCAGUCGAAAAAAGUUGAGAAGCCGGAAGAUAGCGGAUUGGUGACGCAGGUUGUCAACAUCCCCUCAGAAGAUACCCUGGUUGGAAAUACCGAGAAGACCAUUUACAAGGUGUACCCUGUCAAUACUCCUCCCAUCAAAAUGGACGUCAUCGAAAACAACAAGAAGGAGAGCGUGGUGAUUGGUACGAGAGCAGAACCUCCCCUACCCCCCUCAAAAAUCAACACCGACUUCAAGUACGACCAGAACCCACUGUUUGAUCCCAAGGACAGACACGACGCUCCGAUUCUAAAGCCCCACCCUAGACCGCAUAACUUUCCGGUUAGAUCCGACUUUCCCUACCCCCUGGAACGUCCUGAUCCAGGUGUGAACCACCCGGCGAUUCCUGAAACGCCCUCGAAGAAUGGGAAUGACCUGGAGGAGCCGGAUUAUUUCUCCAACAACCAGUGGAACACCAUCGGGGACGUAGAAUCGAGGAUUGUGACGGGGCAAAAGGUGCAUGCCCCAAACCACAUAUCGGCGACGUUGAAGACGUACACGGAAAAGCCGAUCGCGGUGGCUUACACUCCGACGGAGCCCAACCUCAACGCGGACAAGUACUCAAUGCCCAACUAUGGCAGCCCAGUGAUUCCAGAAAUACGUUUGGGGGCGGAACAUCCGACGGGCAGCGGCAACAAAGUCUUCACCGUCAGCGCUAGCAUGCAUACGCAUGCACAGCAAGGAUCAGUGGGGAGCGUGGAUAGCGUUCAUCGACUGGACGACGGGAACCACCGGGUGGACACUGACGUCCCAAAGCAUCCCCAGCAAGACUUCCAGGCGCCGUUCCAAGCCAGCGUGAACGCCGACAGCGCCGUGCCCCAGUACCAAGGUUGGGCUGUCGUGGUGAAGGAUAAAAAUAGAACUACAGAGGCGCUCGAGGUCACCACCAUGCCCUACGCGACCACUAGCGAGUUUGACAUCGAAAAUUUCAAGCCGCAGUUGGAAGGAGGGUUCAAGCCGAUUUACAGCUUCCCAGUGGACGAUAAGACGUCGCCCGACGUCGAAGUGAAAGAACGGGAAGAAUGAUGAGUUUAAAUUAGUGAAUUUAGAGCAUUCGAAAACUAUGAGGUGUUAGGAAGGGGUUAGUGGCAUUUUCGACUCUUUUGAACGUCUUUCAAGAACACGUUAAAGAAGAUUUAAAAAAAGGUUAAAUUUUUUUUCAUGCUCUCUAGAUUCCUCACAAAUCCUAGUUUAUGAAGGUGGAAUAUGUAAUUUUUCCCAAUUCAUGUUGGAAUACAGUUAGGCAUAAAAUGUAUAUUCACAAGAUAUUCCUCAUGAACCUAGGAUGGAUCUCCUUCGGUUUAUCUCCUAUGGACAUUCAUAAUUAAAUUCAAGGAAAUAUAAACUAAUUUUAAAAAUUUCAAUAGGAGCUGCUUUAUAUUCCACGUGUUUCUCAUCUAGAAUCGGACGUUACUUUGAAUUCUGGAGUGGAUAUGAUCAGAGACAACAGUAUUUUGGUAAUUAUUUGAGUUGACUAAUCAACUCUAAAUAGACUAAUGCUGCAACUUUCGUCAAAUUUUCUUCUUCUUUAUAAUUUGGCCUAUUGUUUGCUUGUAUUUUGCUAGGGUGUCAUGCACUGGAUAAACUGUAGCUUUCUACUUCUCCUUUUAUAUACAGGAAAUGAAAAACUUGAGAAAUAUAAGAGGCUAUUUUUAGAAUGAAACACUAUACAAAAAAAUUGUACUACAAGUAUUGUUGAUUAAACAAAUUAAAAUCAAAGCGAGGUACCAAACAUGUAUUGAGGGACAGGUUAAAUUUUUGAAUUGGACUCCUGCCCUAGCAGCUUAGGCCACCACCGAGAAUAAUAAGAAGAAUAUUUGAAAGUACUGUUGUUUGUCUUAGAGGUACAUUAUGUGAAAAAUCUGUGAUGGAAAAAAAAUUAAGUCAGCAUUGAGUUAGUUCCCAGUUUCAAAUUUGGAAUGGACUACUUUAUUCAAUAAUAAUACUGAUUCAAUGAAAUGUGUGUAUUUGAAACCUGACCUAUUUCUGAAAGUUUUGAAUGAGCGAAAAUGCUGCUACUGCGUGGAAUAUAAUUCUGAGGUACACUUGAAAGAGACGGACUUUAGGUGAUGUACUUCAGAAUUAUAAAAACGGAUAGAUUAUUGGGGUAGUGUUCAUAUAAGAUGUUGUGAAGUUGUAGAAUUAAGUCUGAUAUUGUGUAGUGAACCAAUUUCUUUGAUCUAUUUGUUUUUUAUUAAUUUAUUAUAAUUUAUUGUG